CGCCCGGAGCGGAAGUGGGGCAGCUGCCGGAAGUAGUCGGAAUCCCUGAACGACAGACGGGCAGACAGACUUUGACAGAGGCGAGAGCUGCGGAAAGGAGUUGGUGGCCAUGGAGUUGGGCGAGCUGCUCUACAACAAGUCCGAGUACAUCGAGACGGCGUCUGGGAACAAAGUUAGUCGCCAGUCAGUGUUGUGUGGAAGUCAGAACAUCGUUCUCAAUGGCAAGACCAUUGUGAUGAAUGACUGUAUUAUUCGAGGGGAUCUGGCAAAUGUAAGAGUUGGACGUCAUUGUGUUGUGAAAAGUCGGAGUGUCAUAAGGCCACCAUUCAAGAAAUUCAGCAAAGGCGUUGCAUUCUUUCCUUUACAUAUCGGGGACCAUGUCUUUAUCGAGGAAGAUUGUGUGGUCAACGCAGCUCAGAUUGGCUCUUACGUUCACGUUGGCAAGAACUGUGUGAUUGGGCGUCGAUGUGUGUUGAAAGACUGCUGCAAAAUUCUUGACAAUACAGUAUUACCCCCAGAAACUGUGGUCCCACCAUUCACCGUCUUCUCAGGCUGCCCAGGACUCUUCUCAGGGGAGCUCCCAGAAUGUACCCAGGAGCUGAUGAUUGACGUCACUAAGAGCUACUACCAGAAGUUUUUGCCCUUGACCCAGGUCUAACGUCUCUGCCUCAUGUGUUGAAUUUGCUUGAGCUCAAAGAUGAACUUGGGGACGAAGUGAGCCUGUCAGCAUCUACAAAGAGGUCUUGUGUCUUUGAUACCUUCCACCCUUCCGUUUUUGUUGUUGUUAGUUUUUUUGUUUAAUUCUUUAGAAUUUCUCAAUCCUUCCAGGCUUGAAGCUCUUACGACUUUAAUAACAGAGCGUCUGGAGGAGUUGUCUCCAGAUGCUGUGCUUAAACCUUAUCUAUUAGCAGUCACUUCAUACCAUUAUCUGUGGAACACAGAAUCAUCUGUUCCCAACACUCCCACCCCUUGGUCCUGAAACAGGCCUGCAGAACAGAGCUCUCUGUUCCAGCGUGGAGGGUGUCAAGCCGGUGUGCUGCUCAUGGCCAUGAGCUCCCCAGUGUGAACACCACUCAUACGGAGUACUCUCAGCUUUCCUGCUGCUAACGCAUUUGGCCAGUUGCUCAUAAUCUUGGGAAAAAAGUAUUCACAACCUUUCAGAGCUCAGAUUCCUGUUGGCCACUAAAACUUGAAGUGAGGGGUGGUUAGUAUUUUUCUUCUUCCGAAAAUGACCUUAACUGUCAUUUUAACCCAGGGUGACUAAUAAAGGACUUUCUAGCAUUCUGUUCUAGGGCCUUUGGCUUUCACUGAAAGGGGGGCCCUCAGCACCCAGAUUUUAUUUUGGCCAAGGCCCAGGUUUGAGUCUCCCAUGUGGUAGACUAGUCUGGCAGCCACUCCUUGCCUUGGUAAUUUGGGGGCAGCAGUAUAUGCCUUAUUUCAUUGAAGAUGUAGGAUUUAUAACACUUUAACCCACCCUUUAUGUGCAGUAAACCUCACAGUUCAGACCAGAAUAUCUGUACUCGGGCCCAGUCAUCUAUCUAUACGAGGGCCUCUUAAAAUCCUUCUGUGGGCGCAGAGCCCCGAGGAGUGAAUGAAGUUGCCAGUGCUCUUCUUACCGUCUCCCUCUGGGUAAUAGCACAACCCUACCUGGUUCUGCCCUGCCCUCUUGGUUUAGAAGGAAGAUUUAGAAGUGAAGGCCUGAGAGGUUGGCCUUGUGUAAUACUCUGACUCUGCUGUGAAUAGGGUAGGACAAUUCAGUCUUGAAGGUUGGGAUCUAGCAGGAGCCGUCUUGAAUUAAUAUCUGUUUGUGGGGUUUGCAAGACCAGCUAUGUAUAAUUAUCUCCACUAGUUCAAUGUAAAACUGCUUUCUGGUUUGUCCUUUUUUUAUGUUUGUACAUUAAAAGAUUGACACAUGCAACAAGCCAUUUAAGGUGAUCACUCCCCACCUCCAGCGAUGGCUACCUGUAUUCCUUGGGCACUUACUUCACUGUGUGCCUGCUGCCCUUCUGCGGGCUUGACAUUCACCAGCCUGCUUAUGGCUCACACAGCCCUAAGGUGGAUGUUAUUCCCAUUUUACAGAUGAGAAAUAAACUCAAAGAUAUUAGAGAACUUGGUCCACUCCAUACAGUGAAGAAGUGGUUGGCCCAGGAGUCAUACCCAUGUCUGUCUGGAUCCACAGCCCAUGCUCUCCAUCUCUGCCCUGAGAUGGAUCACAUCUGCCAUGCGUCCUCUCUGAUACCAGCAGUCUGUGACGAUUGCAGGGUUCGGGUUUUUUUGUCAUAUGCUGGCGUCUCCCCCAGUUCCCUUCCCUUCUUGUGCCACCAAAAAGGUGACUCUGGAAUUGGCAAAGCUAGAUGCUCUCUAGGCUAACCUCUUUCUCACUAGAGAAAUCUUCUGGGGCAUGUCUAACAGGUUACCAUUGGCCUAUGUUUGAAUACUUCCAAAAGGAAGCUUGCCACUUUAUGGACUAACUGUCCGGUUUUUGGGGGGUUUUUUUUGUUUUUUGUUUUUUUUUUGAGGAAGAUUAGCCCUGAGCUAACAUCUGCUGCCAAUCCUCCUCUUUUUGCUGAGGAAGACUGGCCCUGA